UUUCUCAUAUCAUAACAUCUCUUUUCUUUUCUUUCUUUCAUUAUUAAACAUUUAGUUUCUUGUCAAAAAUGGUGCUAGCUGGUAAGCUUAUUACAGAACUUGGUAUCAAAACACCAGCUGACAAGUUCUUCAAACUGUUUGCAUCAGAACUUCAUGAAGUGCAAAACCUUUGUGAAAGAAUUCAUCAUACCAAGAUUCAUCAUGGUGAAGACUGGCAUCACUCUGAUUCCAUUAAACACUGGACUUAUGUCAUAGAUGGGGAGGUACACACAUGUAAUGAAAGUAUUGAAGAAGUAGAUGAUGACAACAAAAAGAUCACAUACAAGCUGUUUGGUGGAGAUAUUGACAAGUACACGGUUUUUAAGCUGAUUCUAGAAGUGAUUAAUAAGGCUGAUGGCACCGCUGCUGUUAAAUGGACUAUUGAUUAUGUGAAAAUCAAUGAAGAUGUUGAUACUCCAAAUGGCUGGAUGGAUUACCUUAGCAAAAGCACUAGAGACAUUGAUGGUCAUCUUCUCAAGGGAGAAAGAGUUGCACUAUAAGUCAUAAAGAGCAUUGGUUUUGUGGAUACACUUCUAUAUUGCAUCUUUAUAACUAGUGUGAUGAUUGCAAUGCCAUGCAUGUAUCAUAUAUAAGCAUGCAUCAUGUUUGCUUCUCUUCAUGUUUUCUUUGUAUGGAAUAAAUGUACUGGUGAUGUAUUGAAGAUUGUGUUCAUGUUUAUGUAAUAAUGUUUCUGAUUAUAAAAGUUUGGUUUGCCAAAUCUUCCUAAAA